AGAGGAAGUCAAGAUUACAAACGAAACAGAGUCUGAGUUUUAUGUGACAUGGGAAGCACCUAUCUCUCUCCUCCAGCGAAGCGAGCGAUGCCUGACCCCAAUUCCUAUAGCGUCUCCGACGGAUCCUCAACCUUUAACAAGCGGACAAAGCCGGCAUCGCGGUCGCUUAUGGUGCCCCAGGGCCACGUCUUGCUGCGUCUGCUCUCCCACGCCUCGCGCGUCGGUGGUGUGAUUGGGAAGUCAGGGAAUGUAAUUAAGCAGUUACAGCAGACUACGGGAGCCAAGAUCCGCAUCGAGGAGGCCCCGCAGGAGUGCCCUGACCGAGUUAUCUCCAUUGUUGCGGACAGUACAUUAUCCACUAAAUUGACUCUUAACAGCGUUGACGAGAUUAUUGACUAUAGUAAUGGUAGUGGAGAGGAUGGGGUGGUGGAGGUGGAGGUGGAAGUUUCUAGCGCGCAGGAGGCCUUGGUGAGGGUAUUCGAUAGAAUACUGGAGGUAGCUGCGGAGACUGAUGGGGCAGGGAUGAGCAUGGGGAUUGUGUCGUGCAGGUUGUUGGCUGAGGCUUGCCAGGUGGGUUCGGUCAUAGGGAAGGGAGGGAAGGUUGUAGAGAAAAUAAGGAAGGAUUGCGGCUGCAAGAUUAGGGUUUUUACAGACAAUAUGCCAACUUGUGCUGGGCCAGCUGACGAGGUGAUCGAGAUUGAAGGGGAUGUUCUUGCUGUAAAGAGAGGUCUUGUUGCUGUCUCUAGCCGUCUUCAGGAUUGCCAACCAGCUGACAAGAAAAAAGUAACUGGUAGCAAACCUCUAGAAACAGUUCUACGAGAGACUUUACCUGAUCUGCAUCCGGAUCGUCUUUCAAACAGGAAUUCAAUGCUGCCUACAAUGCCGAGCAGCACAAUUAGUUAUGCUUCUAGAGCACAUUCGUUGGCAGUAGAAUCUGAUAGGAUCACCACCCUGGAGACGAAAGCACAACAGAAGGAAGUGACAUUUAAAAUUCUUUGCUCCAAUGAUAGGGUUGGGGGUAUUAUUGGAAAGGGGGGCACCAUUAUCAAAGCUCUACAGAGUGAGACUGGUGCUUCUAUUAGUAUUGGACCUACCAUGGCUAACUGCGAUGAACGAUUAAUCACUGUUACAGCUAACGAGAAUCCAGAAUUACGCUACUCGUCGGCACAAAGGGCUGUUGUACUCAUAUUCUCUACGUCUAUGGAAGCUGGGUCUGACAAGAUGCAGGAUUCAAGCUCGAGUAAGGGUUCACCUAUUAAUGCACGAGUAGUUGUUCCAUCAAGUCUAGUUGGUUGUUUGUUAGGCAAAGGUGGCACCAUAAUUUCAGAGAUGCGGAAGGUUACUGGAGCGGGCAUCAAAAUAUUGGGGCACGGCCAAGUCCCAAAGUGCGCAGCAGAUGGUGAUCAAGUAGUACAGAUUUCAGGAGAAUUUCUGAAGGUGAGGGAUGCACUAUAUCAAGUCACUGGCAGACUGCGAGAUAACCUUUUCUCCAGCACUCUGUCUGUAGCCGGAACAAGGAGCAGUUCGUCUGUAUUGUCUGAGACCAGUCCCUAUGGAAGAUUGGGGGAUCAUUCCCCUGUUGGAUUACACUCAUUAGUUGGAGCUUCUUAUAGUGUUAGUCAACAUGCUAGUCUGUCAAGGAGUUUAGAUUCUCCCCCUCCUGGGUUGCACAGAUCAGCCGGUGUUUCACAUUAUCAUAGCCUACAUACUCCUCUACAACGGAGUGUUGACAACUUUUCCCAUAGUUCAGAUUGCCCUCCUUCACAAAGGUUAUGGCCGUCACAGAAAAUAGGUGGAGUAAAUGCAAGGGGAAUGACGGAUGUUGGCAGAGGAUUGACGUCUUUCAAAGGUGGCUUAGCACUUGGCAGAGGAAGCAAAUCUGCUAUUGUGACAAAUACAACUGUGGAAAUUAUUGUUCCUAAUGAUGUUAUUGGCGCCGUUUAUGGGGAGAAUGGAACCAACCUGGCUCGUCUAAGAGAGAUUUCAGGUGCCAAGGUUAUAGUUCAUGAACCUCGUUUAGGAUCAACUGACAGGAUAAUUGUCAUAUCCGGGACACCUAAUCAAACGCAGGCUGCUCAGAGUCUACUCCAAGCAUUUAUCCUCACUGGAUCAUCAUAACAAAAAAUCUCUCAGCGCCACAUUUUCCCUGCUGGUGCUUGUUUUGGUUGCAUUUUUAACCUUUAAUCGUGUACACUAGUCCGGGCCUUCGAUUCCACCCGCUGUUUUUGUUCGUGAAUAUAUGUAAUUGUCAAUAUUCAUCAGCACUCUCGUAUUCCAGAGGAGCCGGGUUCGCUUUGCUUUUAGUUUUGUUUUUCUUCUAUCUGCUAGUGGCAAAGUUGCUGAACUCGGAACCCUGUCUAGUAUCAUGCUCAAUCCUUGGCAUUUGGAAGUCAAAAUAUGAAGUUACUCGGAGCUAGCAAAUUGGCUCAUUUGAUGUAGUUCGGAGAUUAUUCUAUCAAAUGAAUCUUAAAAUUGAGAAGA